CUUGAGUGACAAUAACCAGAACAUUUAUUUGUAUAAUAUGAACUAUGUAAUAUAUGAUAUAUUUUACAGUUAAAAAUAUUUGUGUAAUAUUAUUUAUUGAAAAAUUACAAAAAUGUUUUUUGUUAAGUAAGUUUAUAUAAUUUUCAUAAGAUAUAAGAAGAAUGUAAUGUCUGUCAUGGAAAAUGUCCACAUCAUGAAAAUCGAAAAUUGAACAGAUUUUGUUAAAUUACUCAUCACAACAACCAAUAAUGUCAGUUGCCGAAAGAGUGACUUCGAGAAAGAGGGGGAGUCAAAGGAUCAGUAGACCAAGUGAGACUACAGACAUUGAAUCUGAUCUUAUAACAUUCCCACAUGUUCCAAUACAUACAAACAUAUCUCAAACCGAAGACAAUGACUUAGAUGAAAACAAUAAAGAGAUGGAAAGAGUACUAGGACUUAAAGGUGAUAAACUAAAUGUAGCUGUCCUGAUCUUCCUUUAUGUACUACAGGGUAUUCCUCUUGGAUUAGCAGGAAGUAUACCUAUGGUAUUAUCAAGCAGGAAUGUCAGUUAUAAAGAACAAGCACUAUUUAGUUUUGUCUACUGGCCAUUUAGUGUCAAACUUCUAUGGGCUCCUAUAGUUGAUGCUGCUUACUUUCCAAAGUUUGGACGAAGAAAAACCUGGUUGGUCCCAAUACAGUAUCUGAUUGCGUUAUUCAUGUGGACUUUAUCUAAUCAUGUGACAGAUCUGUUAGGUAAUGCUGGGGAUGAAACUUUCCAAGUGGAUGUAAGGACAUUGACAGUAGUUUUCUUUAUGUUGAAUUUCCUAGCUGCAACCCAGGACAUUGCAGUAGAUGGAUGGGCACUUACCAUGUUAGAGAGACGUAAUGUUGGCUGGGCAUCUACCUGCAAUUCAGUUGGUCAAACAGCAGGAUUCUUUCUGGGAAAUGUAGUGUUCCUUGCCCUGGAAUCUGCAGAUUUCUGUAACACGUACCUCCGGUCAGAACCCCAGCCUGAAGGUCUAGUCACUCUAGGAAGCUUCCUCAAGUUCUGGAGCUAUGUCUUCCUGAUAUCAACAACCCUUGUGGCAAUAUUCAAGCAUGAGAAUUCAUCUGAUGAGGAAGAUAAUGAAGGAAUUAUUGACACAUAUAAACUCCUAGGAAAAAUACUUAAAAAACCUGCAAUUAUCUCCCUUAUUGGUAUUCUCCUCACCUGUAAGAUUGGUUUUGCUGCUACCGAUGGUGCCAGUGGCCUGAAACUUAUAGAAGCAGGAGUACCAAGGGAGAAACUGGCACUAUUGGCCAUUCCUAUGGUGCCAAUACAGAUCAUCCUACCCCUCAUCAUUAGUAGAUUUACUGCAGGACCAAAGCCAUUAGAUGUAUUUGUAAAAGCCAUGCCUUAUAGGUUAUGUAUGGGAAUAGUCUUCGCUCUACUUGUUUAUUGGACGUCAAUAGUGAAGCAGUCAUAUGGGGAACAUCCCUUCUGGUACUAUAUUGUACUUCUUAUUGGCUACGCCUUACAUCAGUGCACACUUUACGCAAUGUUUGUUGCCAUAAUGGCAUGGAACGCACGCAUCAGUGACCCUGCAAUCGGUGGAACAUACAUGACAUUAUUAAAUACAAUAACCAACCUUGGUGGCAAUUGGCCUGUAACUUGUGCCUUAUGGUUCAUUGAUUACCUCACUUGGAAGUCAUGCUCAACUGGAGGAACUUGUGAUUCACCAGAUCUCACCAAGACAUGUACGGAGGGAAAAGGAGAGUGUCAUAUCACUACAGAUGGUUACUACAUAGAAACAGCAAUAUGUACAGUCAUAGGAUUCAUCUGGAUACUAUGGAGAAAGAAGAAACUCAGGGAUCUACAGAUAUUGGAGGACUCUGCUUGGAGAUGCACGACGUAAUAUAGAUACAUAUAGGGCUGAUGAUAUUAGAGCAUACACCCGCCUGGAGGUUGUUACCCCUAUUUAUUUUAUACCAUACUGGACUAUUUUGGCUCAUUUAUGUUUGUGUAUUAGUUCAUUUAAUUAAUGAACAUAUUGUAAUUUAUAAAUAAAGAUUACAGUUGAUAAAUACAGUUCACUUUUUGAGCAUUUUUAAAAGUACAGGGUCUGUUCUAAUGUUUUUGAAAGAAAAAGGUGUUCUUUUUUAUUUUAUUUAUUAUUAAAACAGUCAUAUGUCAUUCACGUAGGGUUGGCCAUGUCUAAACAUUUUACGGCAGAAAUGUUCUUUUAUCAUAACUUCUGCUUCAAACUUAUUGCAUUCCUGUGGCACAAGUUCAUGUUAUGUAUGCUGUUUUGUAAACAUUACAGUUUUUUAUGUACCAUUACUUAAUGGACCAAGUCUCUGAUAUUGUAUCACCAUCAACUGAAUUAUUUUGUAAUAUAACAAGUAAAGAACGUGUCAAAUCAAGCUCAUAUUUAA